AUGCAGUUCAUCAUUAAUAAUUGGAAGUCACGUGUGGGAGGACCAGUUGAUGCGAGCGCAUUCCUCAAAUCGUUGCGAUCAUCACGCUCACCUGCGAAGGAAAAGGAAAUACUAAUUGAUUUAUUUGAUGACUGGGACGUUCUCACAAACACUUGGUUUGAGGUUGCCGACUGCGCCAGUUUUAUUGAAGAACUAGCUGAAGAUAAGUCGUUUCCUGCUCGACAGAAAGCCGCAUUAUUGGCUUCCAAGGUCGCGUUCUGCUUGGAGGACUACGAGAAUGCCCUAAACUUCGCCUUAGCUGCUGACACCCAUUUCAAACUUACUCCUAGGCCAAAGUCAAAAACUGUUGGGGAAAAAGAUGAUGAGUACGUCAACAAGAUAAUUGAAAUUGCCAUUGACGCCUACAAGAACGUGAAAAAUAGUGAAGGAAGAACGGACGCUCGUUUGGAGGCUUUAAUUAAUAGGAUAUUUCAGCGGAAUUUAGAUAAGAACGAGCUCCUGUAUGUUAUUGGACUUGCUCUCGACACUCGUCGUAUUGAUAUGGUCGAAAAGGCGAUAAUCAAAUGCACGGAAUCACAUGUAUUACUUCUGGAAACUAUCCACAAGGUCACCAAUGCCAAGGUGGAUGUGCAAUUACGUGCACAGUUGCUUGACGUACUUGUGCGAUUAUUUACAAGUAACAAGCAUGCUGAUUUCGUGGCAAUUUGCCAAUGUUUGGUGAAGUUGAAUCGCCCGGAAGAUAUUGGGAAGCUGCUAGACAGACUUAUGUUACGUGAGAAUGGAGAUCUCAUCGCUUAUCAGAUUGCGUUUGAUUUGUAUGAAAAUGCUUCCCAGCAAUUCAAUACACAGGUGCUGAACGCGUAUGCAAAUCAACACCAGUCAAGUGUUCCGCCUUCUCAAGUAGAGAAAACUGAUGCACCCUUAGCUGAUGGAACUACGGAACCGAAAGAAGGCCCUGCAGCAAAGGUUGAAGUGCCCACUCCCAUGAGUCGAUUAAAGGCAAUUCUACGGGGAGAGGAGACUGUCAAACAGCAUAUGCAAUUCCUAAUAAAAAACAACCACACGGAUAUGCUAAUUCUUAAGGAAAUGAAAGACUGUGUUCGAACAGCAACGGCUCACAAUGCGACUUUGAUGGCAAAUGGUCUCAUGCAUCUCGGAACGACGUGCGAUGACUUCUUACGCGAUAACUUGGAUUGGAUAAGCAAAGCUACAAACUGGAAUAAGUUUAACGCAGUGGCUACACUAGGUCUUAUCCACAAGGGUCACGAGUCAGCAGCUAUGAAACUUUUGGAGCCGUACUUGCCCAAGUCCGAGGCCGAUCAGUUCGGAUUCAAGGAAGGUGGUUCAUUGUUCGCUCUUGGCCUCAUUCACGCAAAUCAUGGCACUGACGACUGCAUCAAGUAUCUACGCGAGCAACUUGCAGCUGCUCAAACAUCUGCGGUUCGUCACGGAGCGUGUCUCGGACUGGGUCUGGCUGCAAUGGGGACACAAAAUCAAGAUGUUUAUCUGCAACUUCGUGACGCAUUGUAUUUGGAUGAUGCCGUCUCUGGUGAAGCAGCCGGUUUAGCUAUGGGUCUUGUGAUGGUAGGAAGCCUGAAUUCGGCGGCAUUCCAGGAUAUGGUUCAGUACAUUUGUGAUACGCAGCAUGACAAGAUUCAACGUGGUUUACGAACAGGGAUCUCUCUUUUGGCAUAUGGUAGGCAAGACGAGGCUGAAUCUUAUAUAGCACAACUAGUAGAUGUGAAAUCAAAUGCCAUGUUGCGAUCAACUGGAGUAGCAAUGUUGUCAAUGGCAUACGUUGGAAGUGGACGCGCAAACAUUGUUUCUAGGUUGCUUGAGAAGGUGGCAACUGAUCCAAACAAUGAUGUGAAAAGAUUUUCGGUCAUGGGGAUAGGGUUUUUGUUGAGCAACAAUCCAUCUAUAUGCAAAGAUUAUGUUGGAAUGCUUGUUGAGCAUUUUAACAGCCAUGUACGAUAUGGGGCUGCAAUGGCACUUGGAAUUGCUUGUGCUGGCACUGGAUAUAAGGAAGCAGUUUCACUGCUUGAACCACUCCUUUCCGCCAAGGAGAACUAUGUAAGGCAAGGAGCUGUCAUUGCUCUUUCCUUCAUUUACGUACAACAGACUGACGUUAGUUGCCCAAAGGUUGGCGAAUUCCGCAAGCAACUAACUAAGAUGACCACUGAGAAAGGGGAGGACUCUAUGGCUAAAUUUGGAGCGAUCAUUGCGCAGGGGAUUCUUGAUGUUGGUGGGCGCAAUAUGACUAUUGCUCUGCACAAUCGGUCAGGCACAAUGGAUAUGGCUGGAGCCGUAGGAAUGAUGGUAUUCCAGCAGUUUUGGUAUUGGCAUUCAAUGGUUCCAUUCAUUUCUCUGGCUUGCAAGCCCACCUGCUUGAUCGCGCUAACGAAGGAUCUUCAGAUGCCGAAAAUUGAAUUCAAAUGUAAUGCCCGAGCAUCGCUGUUUGCAUAUCCGCCCCCGCUUGAAUCGAAGAAGAAGGAGGAACACGAAAAGGUGGAGACUGCAGUUUUGUCAAUUAGUCAUAAAAAGAAGGCAGCUAAAAAAGGAACAGAAGAAAGAAUGGAAAUUGAUGAAGAUUCACCAAAAAUAGCUAAAGAAGAAGAGAAGAAAACUGUGCCAGAUAGCGAAUCACCCACUCACAGCAUCUACAACCCUGCAAGGGUGGUUCGUCUUCAAUUAAAGACAGUGUCUAUGUUGGAAAACUCGAGGUAUAAGCCAGUGAAGUCAAUAACAUACGGUGGAAUCAUCAUGUUGCUUGACAGAACACCCGAUCAAAAGGCCGAAAUGGUUGCACAGGCUGUUGCUGGUGGAACCACCUUGGAUCCUGCUGCACCCGAGAAACAAGCACAUUCGUCUUUUGAAAUAGAUCUCAAGGAUUACUAG